AUGCCGAAAAAGGGGAGAAAGCAAUUUAUACGCCUAACAAAUGGAGAAGUGCGCUAAAUAAACUAAAUUUCUGCCUAGCAAUAAAGGAGAAUUAGCUACAAAAAUGGCUAGUCAAUGCAGGGUAUUAAUCCCUGUGUUUUGGCGGAAGAAUUUUCUGUACUUACGGUUUAAUUGGAUACCUCUAUGUCUCAUAUUCCUGUUCUUGACUUUUUGUAAUGUGGCAUAUUUACAUUGGACUGACAAUACGUCUACGAUUCGAAUGGAAAUAUUUGAAUCCAAGGAUUAUGUGGCUUUAAAACAAUUAUACUUUCCGGCAAAUGAUGAUGAUAAAAUAUAUUACGCGCCCAGCACAGAGAAUGCCAGAUCGCUGGUGGACCAGGUGCGCACAGAGCUGGAACUACCAUAUGAACGCAUGUUGGAAUACAACAGCAGCGAUGAAAUGCAAAUGGACAUGGAACAGCGUUGCAGGGGCAACUGUUUUGCUAUCAAUUUCCAAGAAAUGCCUGCACCUGGGGAUGAUGGAAGCUUUAGAUAUACACUUAGCUCCAAUCAAAUGCGCAGUCUGCCUGAGAAACGUUUUGUAAAUGACGAACAAAUCAAUCAUGCGAAAGAUGAUGAUGAGUAUAUACGGAAUGGAUUCUUGACACUACAGCUUGUUAUAGAUCGCCAGUAUAUGCGUUACCAACGAAUAGAUAAUAACUAUGAGCUGCUGUUGAAAUCUAUGCCCAAUUUAGAGCUGUCCAAUGCUGACAGCAAUCGCAUCAACAAUUCUGGCACAUUAUUUAGCAUAUUCUUUACAUUUUUGCUGCUAAGCACUUUUGUUGUGCCCUAUGUGGAGGAGAAGCACAAUGGCAUAAAAGCGUUUCUUAAUCUGGUUACACCCAUGAGCUUCUUGGACGGAUUAACAUUUUUUUCCAUACGCUUCUUUUGCUAUGCAUUUUUUCUCACUAUAACGUUAAUACCCGCCUACUAUUAUCAUGCCUUGGGUAAUAGCGGAAUUAUAUUUGCCGUUUUUUUAUAUUUGCUCUACAUCGUAGCGCAAAUGUCAUAUGCGUAUCUCAUAUCGGUUUGCUUUCACUCAGUAUUCUAUGCCAAAAUUGGUGGCCUCGUACUCUUCAUUAUACCCUAUGCGUUUACAUUUGUGCGCAGCUGGAUUAGCAAGCUGGCCUGUUAUUUUCUGUGUACGAAUGCUUUUCUGGAAGGCUUGGACGUCCUGCAGACAUUUUCCAACAAGCAUCGAGAGCUUAGCGGUAGCGAUCUGUUUCGCAUUAUUAAAUUCGAUUCUAGUCGUCUUUUCUCUCUAUAUAUACUGCUUAUUUUUCAAACCAUCUUGUAUGCUGUGCUUUACAAUUACUUUGCAUGUGUAUUUCCCGGACAUGGUGGACUUAAGCGUCCCCUGUUCUUCUUCCUAAACCCCGAAACUUACAAGAAGCGUCAACGCAAUGAGUAUACUACAUCACCACGUGGCACUGAUGCUAUUAUCAUCAGUGAUCUCUGCAAAAAAUUUCAAAGCAGCAAACGUGAAACCACAAUUGCCCAAAAUUUAGAUAUGACAAUUAGAAACAAAGAGAUAACCGUAUUGCUGGGACAUAAUGGCGCCGGAAAAACCACAAUCAUGAACAUGAUAAUGGGAAUUGUGCCGAAGGAUUCGGGUAAAAUAAUUGCCUGCAGUGAACGUGAUGUGGCUUCGUAUCGUCAUCUGAUUGGUUUCUGUCCACAGCACAGUGUUUUUAUGAACUAUAUGACCUGUCAGCAACAUUUGGAGUUCUUUGCACAACUGCGUGGUGCAAGUCGUCAGGAUGCGCGUCUCUGGGCCAAGGAAAAGCUGCGAAAGUUAAAUUUAACCGACAAAACAAAUGAAUAUGGUUGCAAUUUGUCCGGUGGCAUGAAGCGGCGUCUUUCCUUGGGCAUUGCCAUUGCGGGGAAUACCAAAAUUGUCAUACUAGAUGAGCCCUCUUCUGGCUUGGACAUUGAAUCACGUCGUGAAUUGUGGGAUAUUUUGCUGGCACUGCGCAAAGAGAAGGCUAUUUUGGUAACCACCCACUAUAUGGAAGAGGCUGAGGUACUGGGUGACACCAUAUGCAUAUUGGUCGAUGGGCAGUUAAAGGCAAAUGGUUCACCCUUGGAACUAAAGCGUAAAUCUGGUUGCGGCUAUUUUCUUAAGCUGCAGGCUCAUGAAACUAAAUUCCUGCAGCAGGAGACUUUGGAUUUAAUAAGCAACCACAUACCCAAUCCAAUUAUACAGAACAUUGUAAAACCUACAGUCUAUAUAUGCCUGCCGUAUGACUAUCAAAAGGAAUUCUUUAAUGUGCUACGUAGUUUGGAGGAAAAUAUGAAACGUCUGGGUAUUGAAACAAUUUCCAUAACAGAUACUUCACUGGAAACAGUGUUUCUCAACUGUGCUGGCGAAGCAGACCAAGUGGACACACCUGAUGCACGCGCUAGGAAUGAUGCACCUUUAUUGAAUUACAAACGUUUGCAGGCCCCGCCCAGUCAGUGGCAGCUGUGGCGUGCUAUAUUCUACAAAAAGUCAACAUUUCUGCUUAAUCAAUGGCAAUAUACUUGCUUAAUGUUGAGUCUGCCAGUGAUUGCGGUCAUCUGUGUACUUUUCCUUAUGCAUUCAUUAUCUGUAGUGACAAACGAAGCCGCUUUGCCAUUAAAGCUUAGCCAACUACAUACCGGAACUGUUUAUAUUUAUAAUCCCACGGGCCAUCAUGACAAGAUAGAGCAACAACUGCGACAAUACAUAGAAGCAAAUGGCAUCAAUGCAAAGACUUUAACGCUACGCGGCAGCAACUCUAUGCAUGAUGAAUUACUGCAACUGCAGCGUGAAAAUUUGGCUGAUUUUCUGGAGGACACUAUUGGCGUAGUAGAUAUGUAUGUGGAUCAGCGUGGAACUGAGACAACGCCCACAUUUGAGCUGUACUAUGCCAGCAAUCGUUACCACAGCAGUGUUAUGCUCAUCAAUAUGCUGGACACGUGCCUGCUGCAACUCGGCAAACGUGACAACCAAAUGCAGAUUGAAGCCAUAUAUGUGCCCAUCAGGCGUUUUGUUAGAGAUGUCAGCUCAUCGCGUCUGGAAUAUUACCCAGUUAUAAUAUCAGCAGCAUUAUUCUUUAGCCUGUUCUAUUACACCUCCUUGCCGUUCCGUGAGCACGUCAAUGGUUUUCGUCAGCUGCAGCCCAUGUCACGGUAUACUUACUGGUUUGCCAGCUUUGCGAUGGAUGCGCUGCUACAUUGUGGGCUUUGUCUUAUACUGUAUAUAAUACAACGCAUAAUAAUGCCCAGCGAGUUGUACAGCGUUGAGGAGCAAGGGAUGAUAGGCUUUAGCUUUUUCUUUUAUGGCAUUAGCUAUUUGCCAAUUCUAUAUCUGCUGGCAAAUAAUUUUAAAUCCAUAUCGACAAUAUCCACAUAUCUGCUGUUGAUGCUUAUUGUGUCCGAAAUUGCACCAUUGAUUACAUCCAACCAUAUACAAGCCAUGAAACUGCAUGCCACUAAAAUAUCUUUUCUGCGGUUUUUGCCCGAUUUUAAUCUAAAUCAUCAGCUGCGCAUUAUCAACGAAAAUCUCAUAGCAAAACGUGGCAAAUCGAAAAACCCACCUUUGGAAACAACCGCUAUAUUUUUCUUAUAUGCCAUAAUGGUGUGCGUGCUGGUUAUGGGCUUCUUCGUCAUUGUGUUGGAGCAGAAAUAUUAUCGCAAGCGUCUACGCGAAUUCUUUCAGUGGCAGUAUGCCAGGACAUCAAAUAAAUCGGGAAGUCCUGCGCGUGUCAGCACUACACCACAGUUGGAGCUUAAGGAUGUGCAGAAUGAAACGCUACAUGUCAAACACUUAUUAGAAGAUCCACAGCGCACUGCCUUGGACAAUCCUUUGAUUGUGAGCAAUUUGCGCAAAAGCUACAACGAUGUACCCGUGGUUAAUUGCCUAAGCUUUCGGGCUGAGCGUGGGGAAUGCUUUGGCCUCCUUGGUGUUAACGGCGCAGGCAAAACUAGCACGUUUCAAAUGAUUGCUGCCAAUUUGGCCAUGGAUGGCGGACGCAUACUCAUUGAUGGCGUGGACAUUCGUGAAAAUGAGGUCGCUUAUCGGCAGCGCUUUGGCUAUUGUCCGCAAUAUGAUGCAUUGAAUAAAUUUAUGACCGCCGAGCAGUGUUUGACCUAUAUGGCCAUGCUGCGAGGGCUAAGUGGACAGCGGGAUCAACAAGAAAACGUUAAAUCAAAUGUGGACUACUGGCUGACUAAGAUGCAUUUGGAAAAGUAUCGCCAUGUGCAAGUACGCAAUUAUUCAGGCGGCACCAAGCGCAAACUGCUGGCAGCCAUGGCCAUGAUUGGCGCGCCAUUGCUGGUGCUAUUAGAUGAGCCUACCACGGGUGUAGAUCCUAUCUCACGUCGCUUUUUGUGGCAAUGCAUCAAAGAUUUUCAAAGCAAGGAUCGCACAGUGGUGCUUACGUCACAUAGCAUGGAUGAGUGCGAGGAGCUUUGCAACCGAUUGGCCAUCAUGGCCAAAGGAAAAUUCAAAUGUUUAAACAACAUUUGUGAACUGAAACGACUUAGCGGCUUUACCAUUAAACUGAAAAUGAAAAUGGACACGGAAACUGAAGCAAAUGUGUCUCUUAUUACCAGCACCUUGAAAAGUCUAUUUGAUACGCUGGAUCUGCGAGAAAAUCACGCUGGCACCUUAACCUACUUUGUAAAAACCGAAGAACACAUACUGUGGUCGAAUGUCUUUAAGAUAACUAACGACUAUCUGACUAAUCAGCUGGAUCAUCUCAUCGAGUAUUACUCGGUUAACGAGUGCACAUUGGAGGAUAUAUUUUUGAAGUUUGACAAACAGGCAAAAUCCUUAUCACGCGAAAACUCUGAAGUAAACGAAGUUUAAGGCGGCCCAUCCACAGUAGAGCAUGUUGGGCACGACGAAAUUUUCAUCGUUGGUCAUUUUGUGUUGGCCGAGCCGCUCGAAAGAAAUAGAAAUCAUUCUAUCUUGUGUUGGCAAGCAAUGUUGGCAUUAGUUAGUGGCAAAUGAAAUUUUAGCUCGGCCUUGCUUUGGAUGGGCCGCUUAACAGUUGGGGCUAGCAGUACAAUCAUAAGAGAACAUAUUCGAAUAAUCAUUAUUUAUUGUAAGAACAAUGUGUGUGUAAUGUAAUUCUAAUAGACUUUUUCAUAGAGUAGGUCUAUUACUCCUACUAAAACCUUUAGAUAGUGUAAGUUAUAAUAAUUUUGUAUACUGAGUGAUUACAAAAUCAAAUCAUACAUAUAUGUACUACAUGGCAUGCUUGUAAAUUCAUUCA